AUGACGCAGAAGUACCCAAUCUCUGUACCUCAUCAACUCCACACCCAAGCCAGUCUGGACCCUGACACUUUCAUCCGAGAACUUAAGAAUGACAACUUCGCACUGAUUCUUCUCAACUCCAAAACUACCAAUUCAACCAUGGCCAACGGCUUCCUCCCAUACCAUGAACCAGGAACCGUUCAAAUCCUGAUCAUUGUAUCGUUCUUUUUCUUCCUCUCGCUGGCGAAAUGGGUUUCUGCCAAGAUUAUCCAUGCUGGUAUUAUUGGCCAAAUUGCCGUGGGCAUUAUCUACGGUGUGCCUCUGGCUAAUAUCCUCGAACAUACCUGGCAGGAAACAUUCCUUGCACUGGGCUAUGUCGGAUUGAUUUUGAUUAUUUUUGAGGGCGGUCUUGGCACGCGCGUUGAUCUUCUAAAGCAGAAUUUCACUUUGAGUAUGGUCGGUGCUGCAACUGGUGUUUGUUUCCCCAUUGCAUUGUCUUACUUGCUGCUGUAUCUGGGGUUCGGAUAUGGCGCAGUGGAGACGUUCAUUAUAGGCGCGGCACUCUCAGCUACCUCUUUGGGAACCACAUUUGCCGUAAUAAGCUCCGCAUCCAGCUCCGUCAACCUAUCCGAAACCCGCGUCGGCUCCGUCCUCGUGAGCGCAGCUGUAAUCGACGAUGUCGUCGGCCUAGUAAUGCUCAGCGUAAUCGGCGACCUAGGCAAACUCACACCAAACACAAACCUAGGCUGGCUAAUUGGCCGACCAAUAGUCGCCUCCGUCGGAAUGGCCAUAACAACACCAAUCGUGACAAAAUGGAUCUUCGCCCCCAUAUUCCGGAAAUACAUUGAAUACCAUUUCGCCCGCUUCGACCACAUUUCAAAUAUCAUCCUCAUGAUCCUGGUUCUAUCUGCUUUUAUUGCCAUAGCGGGAUUCACUGGGACGUCUGUGUUAUUUGGUGCGUUCUUGGCUGGUGUGUUCAUGACUUAUAUUCCGAGUAAGAGGCCUGAGGGACCUUUUGUUGUUAUGAGUCGGGAACAGGGUGAGAGGGAGGAUGACAAGAGUCCUACGUUUGUGCAUACUUUUGAGAAGUAUUUUCUUGAUCCGCAGGAGUAUUUGAUGGAACCUUUGUUCUUUUCGAGUAUUGGGUUUGCGAUUCCCUUUUUGGAUCUUUGGACUGGGGAGCGGAUUUGGAGGGGCAUUGUUUAUACCCUUCUUAUGGCUUUUGCGAAGUGUAUUGUUGGCAUCUGGGUGCCGAUAUGGCAACUUACUAUGGGGAACAAGUCGCAGAAGCAGGCAAAGGGUGAAAAGAAACGGAAGCCAAGUCAUGAGGAGCAGAUUGUGCGGAGAGAUCAGUGGAGACGGGCUUGGCUUGCUGCUGCACUCUUGGGAUCUGCUAUGGUGGCCCGUGGGGAGAUUGGUCUUUUGAUCAUUGAGAUCGGACAUAAUGAGACUCCGUACGUGAGUGAUGAGGGCUUUAUCACGGGUGUCUGGGCUAUUCUGCUGAACACCAUCAUCGGCCCGGUUACUGUUGGUCUUAUGGUUCGGUUCUAUGGCAGCAAGCUUGAGGAGGGGGAUUGGGGAUUGCAAAGUCCUUUGCCUGUUGAAAGCCAGGAGAUAGGCCAUGGGGCUGUAUGA